AUGCCCAUGAAAAUGGUUGCGACGGUUGGAGCCUACGCUGCAGAGAAUGGUCAUUUGGAAAUCCUAAAGUAUGCCCAUGAAAAUGGAUGUCCUUGGGACGCAGAGACAUGUUCUAAAGCUGCAGAAAAGGGCAACUUGGAGAUUCUGAAAUAUGCCCAUGAACAUGGAUGUGGGUGGAACGCAAUGACAUGCUCCGAAGCUGCUGAGAAUGGCCAUUUGGAAGUCUUGAUAUAUUCCCAUGAACAUGGCUGUUCGUGGACUGCACGGACAUGCUCCGGAGCUGCAAAGAAAGGUCAUUUGGAAAUCCUGAGAUAUGCCCAUGAAAACGGAUGUCCUUGGGAUAUGAACACAUGCACUGAAGCUGCAGCAGGGGGAGAUUUGGAAGUGUUGACAUAUGCCCAUGAAAAUGGCUGUCCUUGGGAUGAAUGGACUUGCACCAGAGCUGCUUGGGAAGGUCAUUUGGAAAUUGUGAAGUAUGCCCAUGACCAUGGAUGUCAAUGGGAUGGGCAAACAUGUGUUGCCGCUGCCGCAAUAGGCCAUUUGGAAAUAUUGAAGUAUGCCCAUGAACAUGGAUGCCCUUGGGGCGCACAGACAUGCUCCGAAGCUGCUCGCAUGGGCCACUUGGAGACCCUGAAGUAUGCCCAUGAACAUGGAUGUCAGUGGAAUGCAGAGACAUGUAGCGGUGCUGCUGAGAAUGGCCAUUUGGAAGUCUUGAUAUAUUCCCAUGACCAUGGCUGUCCGUGGACUGCACGGACAUGUGAUGCAGCUGCUAGAAGGGGCCGUUUGAAAAUUUUGAAGUAUGCCCAUGAAAAUGGCUGUCCAUGGAAUGGACGAAAAUGCAUUAUUGAUGGUGCUAAGAGAGGCCAUUUGGAAGUCCUAAAAUAUGCCCACGAGAAUGGAUGUCCUUGGGAUGAGAAUGGCCAUUUGGAGACGCUGAAAUAUGCAAUUGAGAAUGGUUGCUCAUGGAAUGAAGAUGGUUUGUUGGAUGCUGAUGAUGUGGAGGUAGUGGCUUGGGUUCGAGACUUUCUUUGA